AUGGACCAGCUAGAUGCCAACAAUGACCUUGAUCAUCGAGCGACCAAUAGUACUAUUGGUCAAUUUUCCUUCGCUCCUGCUACUCGAACCACUGUCGUGACUACCACAACCACGACCACUACCACAUUUCCUCCCCUCAUCAUCAAAUCUCCUCGAGCGACGCGGGAUCUCGAUCCUAAGCUGUAUCCCUUGGCCUCUUCUCCCACUCCUACGUCUUUGAGGAACAUAAAAUUCGAACUCGGCGGGAAAACUGUCGUGUUCAACGAGCCGGAAGAUGCAACAGUGGCUAUCAAAGAGGUGAACGAGACAAACGACGCGUUGAAAGCCUCGAAUGGUAUUGUGCAAUCCAUCACUUCGUACACUACUUCAGAUAACGCCCAAAGCUCCCGUCGUCCAGCAUCUGCUCGAUUAUCUAGCCAGCCGUCCAACCCGUCCACCGUGAAACGUCGGCCAGCUUCAGUCAUAGAUUCCCACCAAUCUUCCACAAGGUUACGUCCAGGUAGACUUCCGUCGGAGCCCUCAUUUCGUCAGAUUCGUUCUCAUCUCUCUUCAGCCACAUACACGGCUGGCUUGGCGACUCCGGAGACCGAAUCCAGCAGUUACAACUUGAGUGACUAUGCGAUGCCUCGAAGAAGAGUACAUAGUGCGGCCAUACCCCGCAGAGAGACCUUAUUGCGCUCGCCUCUGUCUUCAGAAGUUGAAAGCCAGGAAGUAUUGCAGGAUCCCGGUGCAGAAUCGGUCCUAGGAAAAGAACCAAUCCGCGCUAAGGCAGUUAUUUGGGAGAGAAAUCGACAUCUUAGUCGACAUAGGGACAGCGCGUCCUCGAGGCCGGCACCCCAACUUGCUACUCCGGCGGUAAAUAGUGAUGGAGCUGCGGGUGUGAACAGUGCGAGCCAAGGCACUGACUACGACGGCUCGGAAGAGUCGUUUCAGCAGGCACCAACGGAACCUGCGUCGCAGAUAUCGGCUAUUGAAAAUCUUGUUGCCCACGACAUGUGCUUACCCAGCCCCAGCUUGUCGCCUGUGGCUGCCCUGAAUGCGAUGAAUGUGGAUUCCUCAUUUGAAUCGGCAGAAGACCAAGAGAUGGAUACGGACUCAAGCCUCGAUAAUAAUGCCUCCCGCCUUUCAAACAUACGGCACUUGGACGAUCUAAAGAACCAUGAUUUGUCUCCUUCCAGGUCUGGAAACCUGCCGGGCGCAAUGGAAAACCGUCAUACUCCGUCUUUGAUGGAUAUACCCAGUGUAUUGGACUUUUUUGACUCAGUUCCCGAAGAACUGAAAACUUACCUGAUGUAUCAGUUUCUGAGGAGGUGCCCCAAGCCGACACUGCAUUUUGUGGCCGACGUCGUGAAUCCAGCGUUGAAGUGCGAUUUCCUCGCGCUUCUUCCUCUGGAGCUUAGCCUCAAUAUUGUCAAGUAUUUCGACGUUCAAACCAUGUGUCGUGCAGCACAAGUGUCGAAGAAAUGGAGGCAUAUCGUCAAUUCGGAUGAGAAGACUUGGAAAGAUCUAUUUGACAGGGAUGGAUACGUUCUCACCGAUGGUGAGUUGGAACGUGCAAUCAAAGAAGGCUGGGGAUGGCAGUUUCCGCAUGGGGAUGACGACUGGGAAAAGGAUCUGAGCUCGUCUUCAGUCAUAAAAUCUGAACCAGAUUGCGCCCCUGGGUCCGCUUUCUCUUCCUUGCCAGGAGAAUCCGGUGAAAGGGCUCUGUCUGUAAGUCGUCGACCGAAAAGGAAGGCCACUCGCAUCUCGGGUCGCAAGUAUGCGAAGAGAAAGAUCUCCUCUAGUAAUACCGAUUCCUCGGACUCCUCAGGUUGGAGAAAUGGAGUAACCGCAACUGAGGGACCAUAUGCAGCCGCGAAUGCUGCAGCUGCAGCUGUCCCAUACCCGGAAAUUGGCCUACCGUCCCUCAGGGGUCUUCAUUUGUUCAAGUCCCUCUACCAGCGCCACCAUUCGAUUCAUAAAGGCUGGAUGAAACCUAGUGUGAAACCGAAACACAUUGCCUUUCGCGCUCAUGAUCGCCACGUAGUUACUUGCCUCCAGUUCGACACCGACAAGGUUCUGACAGGAAGUGACGACACGAACAUUAACGUCUACGAUACAAAGACGGGCGCCUUAAGAGCUACUCUGGAAGGCCAUGAGGGAGGGGUUUGGGCCCUGGAAUAUCACGGCAACACUCUUGUGUCCGGGUCCACGGACAGGUCGGUGAGAGUUUGGGAUAUCGAACGGGCAAGAUGCACUCAAAUUUUCCAUGGACAUACCUCGACAGUGCGUUGUCUGCAAAUUGUUCUACCAGUCCAAGUUGGUAGCAAUGCUGACGGCACACCUGAAAUGAUGCCUAAAGAACCAAUCAUCAUAACUGGUUCCCGCGACUCUAGUUUGCGAGUUUGGAGACUCCCGAAACCAAGUGAUCCGGUGUACUACCAGAGUGGACCCCAUGCCGAUGAUGCCGAUUGUCCUUAUUUCAUCCGUGUCCUUACUGGUCAUCAGCACUCUGUCCGUGCGAUCGCUGCGCACGGUGACACUUUGGUUAGCGGAAGUUACGAUUGUACCGUGAGAGUGUGGAAAAUAUCGACUGGAGAGACUAUUCACCGACUUCAGGGCCAUACACUCAAAGUGUACAGCGUUGUACUUGACCACAAAAGAAAUCGAUGUAUCAGCGGUUCAAUGGACAACACAGUCAAAGUGUGGUCUCUGGAUACUGGCUCGAUCAUUUAUAAUCUAGAAGGUCAUAGUUCACUUGUGGGUCUUCUUGAUUUGAAGUGCGACCGUUUGGUCUCCGCGGCUGCAGACUCUACCUUGAGGAUCUGGGAUCCUGAAACUGGUCAAUGCAAGAGCAGGCUGAGCGCGCAUACUGGUGCCAUUACCUGCUUUCAGCAUGAUGGCCAGAAGGUGAUCUCGGGAUCUGAUCGGACGUUAAAGAUGUGGGAUGUGCGGAAUGGGGAGUGCGUUCGAGAUCUUCUCACGGACCUGAGCGGUGUAUGGCAGGUCAAAUUCAAUGAUCGAAGAUGCGUUGCCGCAGUACAGCGCGAUACUCUAACGUAUAUUGAGGUCCUCGACUUUGGUGCUUCUCGCGACGGUGUCCCGGAGGAUCAGUUGGGGAGACGGAUAGUUGUCAACCGAUGGGGACAGGAGAUCGGUGACAAUGCUGACGAAGAUUACGAUCUAUCUGAUGGCUGA